CUAAAACUUCGUCCGAGUGGAAGACUUCACGUCCAAGUGCGGCUCUAUAGAGAAGGCGAAGUGUCCCUUUUCGAUGGCCACCAGAAAAGCACAGGAGGAAUCACCAGAAGACGUGGUGCUAUAAAGCAUCAUAAAGUUCACGAGGUUAAAGGUCACAAGUUCAUCGCCAAGUUCUUCAGACAACCCACAUUUUGUGCUUUCUGCAAGGAGUUUCUGUGGGGAUUUGGAAAACAAGGCUACCAGUGUGAAACAUGCCAAGUCGCGGUACACAAGAGAUGUCAUGACAAAUUUUUAGGGAAAUGUCCCGGAUCUGGGAAGGAAUCUCAGAAUACAUUGUACUUGAGAGAAAGAUUCAAGAUCAACGUUCCUCACAGGUUCCGUGCCCACAACUUCCUCAGCCCAACAUUCUGUGACCACUGUGGGUCCCUGUUGUAUGGACUCUUCCGACAAGGCUUAAAAUGUGACCAGUGUAAAGUCAACUGUCACCAUAAAUGUGAAAAACAUGUCCCUAAUCUCUGUGGAGUGAACCAGAAGCUUCUAUCUGAAGUCUUAUCCACAGUAAAGAAAGACAUUAGCACUCCACCGAUUAGUCCAGUGUCUCAAAAACCAGAUGAGACAGAAACCAAUAAGCCUGUAUCUGAAACUGCAGUUCAAUACACUCCGUCAAGCAUUGACUUGGAUGAACGUUAUGAGAAUAAGCCAUCUGGAUAUAAUGAAGCAUCUCAGAGGAAAGAACAACAAACCCUCCAAGCUCGAGGGUCAUAUAAAAAUGACGUAGGGAAACACUCGAGAGUAAGAUUUAAGAAGUAUGCCUUAGACGAUUUCACCUUUCUGAAAGUUUUGGGCAAGGGUAGCUUUGGUAAGGUGUUGCUGGCAGAACUAAAGGGACACGAGCAAUAUUUCGCUAUUAAGUGCCUGAAAAAGGACGUUGUAUUGGAAGACGAUGACGUGGAGUGCGCGAUGAUAGAAAGGAAAGUGUUAGUACUUGGAACCGAACACUCGUUCUUGUGUGAACUCUUUUGUUCCUUUCAAAGUGAGAGCCAUCUUUUCUUCGUUAUGGAAUAUCUGAGUGGUGGAGAUCUAAUGUUUCACAUCCAACAAUCUGGAAAAUUCGAUCAGGAAAGAGCCAGAUUCUAUGCUGCAGAAAUAGUCAUAGCUCUGAAGUUCAUGCAUAGGAAGGGAAUAAUCUACAGGGAUCUUAAGCUGGACAACGUUCUUUUAACUCGCGAAGGACAUGUGAAAAUUUCUGACUUUGGAAUGUGUAAACUUGGCGUAGGUGACCAGAUAAAGACUUCAACGUUUUGUGGUACUCCAGACUACAUUGCUCCAGAGAUCAUCAAGGGUCAGCAGUACAACCAAUCGGUAGACUGGUGGUCUUUUGGAGUCCUGCUGUAUGAGAUGUUGAUAGGACAAUCGCCUUUUAACGGAACAGAUGAAGAAGAACUAUUUUGGUCUGUGUGUCACGAAGAAGCCUACUACCCGAGGUUCCUCAGCAAGGAAGCGAAACAGAUUAUAGCACUGCUACUUGAAAAGGAUCCAAGUAAAAGAUUAGGCACGUCUACGAGCGAUGCUGGAGAUAUAACGUACCAGCCUUUUUUCAAACCGGUUAAUUGGCAGAAAAUUGAACGUAAAAUGGUAGAACCACCUUUCAAACCCAUACUGUCAGGACCAAGUGAUGCCAGGAAUUUCGACACCGACUUUACUAUGGAGAAAGCAGUGUUAACCACGGUGGAUUUUCAAAUCUUAGCUUCUAUAGAUCAAGAGCAGUUUAAGGGCUUUAGUUAUACUAACCCUAACAUGACAGACUAGUCCGACCGCUGCAGCAAAGAAAAUAAUGAUUUUGUUUAAAGAAGUCUUAAAUAUAAUUUCUAAACAGUGAUCUUUAUAUUCAUGCUUUAGCUAUGAUUUUUUUAAAGGUUUUAUACAAAUUGAAAAAAGUGUGGGAAAUAUUUAAUGCUAUUGUAGGGAUUCAAACCCGAAUCGCAAGCUCCGAAACCCAAAGCUCUAGGACCGAGAUCUCUUUCAAAGAGUGAUGACGAGAGACUCUCUUGAUUAAUAGAUCAAGGCCACAACUUAAUGAAAGUGGCUACUCGACCAUUUGUUUACUGAUAGCAGUGUUGAAAGACAAGCUAUCGUGUGAUUUAUUUCAUUUAAGCACAUUGGUUUCAAUAAUUUGUUAGUAUAGCCGUUUAGAUUAAUUUCACCUGAAGUGGAAGUUUUAAGUUUUGUUGAAAAACUAUAGGGCGUAAUAAUAACGUAAUGUAAAGUUACUUGUCAGUUGUCUUCCUCAAAUAUUCUAUUUUAAACUUUAUGGUGAAAUAUAAUUGUUUCUAACAAUGUGACGUGCAUGGGAUCCAAAUUCAAACUUUUCUCAUUAUUUUGAAAUUGGUAAAAACUGAGGAAAAGUGGAAAGAAAAUUCAAAUAAAAUAACAAGUUUCAUGUGACUGUCUUUCACCUUAUCAAAUAAUAUAUAAAUGAUACAGAAACACCCGAAAAUUGGAUUAUUGCCGGGUUUUUGUUUAAUAAACAAUUUUCAUUAAUGUACAUGUAUAUAAAUUUGAAUUAUUAAGUUAUUAUGGACACAAAUGUGAUAUCAUGUAAGAUACAAAUAGUUGCAGAAAGGCAUAGACACUGUUUUAUUGCCUGAUUUUUUUUUAAUAAACGGUUUUAAUGGUAUGCAUGUAUAUAUAUGAGAAUGGUUAAGUUAUUAUGAAAACUAAUGUGAUAUUAUUAUUAUUAUCUGUAUCUAUAACAGUUAUUUCUUUAUCAAGAUUUAGGGUCACUUAACCCUCUAUUGCACAUUAUAACGUACAGGUAACAAAUCUAUCUUUGUUGCUUAAUACACAUGCAAAUGUUUUAAUUCUAUAGUUAAAUAUUCUUACUUCCAGGUAGCAGUCUAAAUAAACCAUGAAAUUAUUUUUGUUGGUUUAUCAGUUGAACUUCUACGUAAUGUACUUAUUUAUAUCUUCCAAAAUAUAUUUCAUAAAACAUAUUUUUUAUACACUGCAGACCUAUUUAACAAAUUAAAAGAACACUUUUUCUCACCAUAUUUUAAUCAUGCAUAAAUAGAUGUUUAGAUCGAAUGAGCCGUACAUGGCUAUGUCGGACAUAAGUGUUUUUCUUCAUUAUUCUAAUGAAAGUUAUUUAAUGAUAGGUUAAUAGUGUUAUUAUUAUAACUGCAGAUCGAAAAUAUCAGAGAGUUUGAUAAAUGUCAUUAAUUUAGGUUCUUUAAGUGAAUUAUAAAUAAUGAGUUUUCGAUCCUGAUAAUUUAUAUUACGUGAGUUCUACACGACCUUUAACAAACGAAGUCAUGUAAUUUUCACAAGUAUUUUUAUAAACCCUAAACAACUUUCGAUAGUCAGUAAAAGGUUGAUCUGUGACCCUUGUGGCAUCAAGGUUAUAGCAAAUAAAAGGUUGACCUGUGACCCUUGUAACACCGUGUUUGUAGUAAGUAAAAGGUUGACCUGUGACAUUAUGUUUACACUCUGAAUAUCCAAUUGUUGUGAGUUGUCUUUCUACGAUGUACCAACCAUAUAAAAACUGUUUGUUCUCUCAGUGUUUUACCUUUGUACGCAGCUGAAGCAUAUAAUUCUUCAAGUGUAGCACUAUAAAGAUCUAUGUGCCCUUUAAUUUAAGAAAUGUUUUACUACUGGAUAAGUGUAAAUAUUCCCGUGAAUUUGUAACAUCCAAAAUUAUAGUCACAAUAAAAUAAUUCAGAUUAUCGCGAAGUCUGCACACAUAAAAUUAUUAUUGUAUCAAACAUUUACAAUAUAUAUGGGUUAAUAAAAACCCAUUGUGUUUGUCUUAUGAAACCUUUGCCAACAUUGGUUGCGCGUACUUUUAUAUUGUACAGUUUAUGUUGUAUGUAUGAAAUGUUCUUUAUUAUUUCAGCUGAUUCAAUAAAAUGU